AUGGAAGAUAAAGAAGAUAGUGGUGAUAAAAAGGGAAAUGAAGAAGAAGGAAGAGAACAAAGUCCUUCUCAACAAUAUGAUCUAUAUGUUAUUAGUGAUAAGCUAAAUGAUAAGCUUAAAUUGUUAAAUUAUGAAGAGGAUUAUGCAAAUUUAGCUGCGAGUCAUAGGACUAUUUCAAGAGAAUAUUUUGUAAAAAGUACAAAUAUUGGUGAGCAAUUUUUUAUCUUCACUACGCUUGCUGCAUGGCUCAUCCAAAAAUCGAUCGAUUCAACCUUUACAUUCCCACAUGAGUGUGAUGAUCCAAAUGGAACAAUUUCAAAUAUUUUGAAUGCAUUACAAAGUAAAAACAUUUCUAUCACUUUUCCAUCAAAUAAAUUAAAAACUGGCGCAGGUGAACAAUGUUUGUAUGUAUUGGAUACACUCGCUGAUUUAGCACUUAUUACCAGUAAAUUCUCAUGGAUUAA